CGGGAGCCGGGAGUUCACAGAAACAUGGCGGACGAUGAGACGUCGAUGUAGCGGCGAAACUACAGAAUUUACGACCUGAAAUGUGAUGUUUUGUGAGCAGCUACUACGGAAGGCAAAUGAGCGCAAGGCUGAGAUUAUCGAAGGCCGCGGUGACCCUUGGGUCACUCGGCAGCAGCUGAGGGAGCUGUACCAACAGCUCUUGGUGACAGACCUGGAGUUUGCCCUGGACAAGAAAGUGGAGCAGGACCUGUGGAACCAUGCCUUCAAGAACCAGAUAUCAGCCCUGCAGCGCAAAGCCAAAGACAAAACGAAUCCCAAACGCAGUGAAGUUCAAGCCAUGUUGACCCUUUUCCUUGACAGUGGUAGCGGUUUCUACUUGCAGCUGCUCCAGGAGUUGUGCAGUUCCUUCCAGUUGGACAUUCCCUGUUGCGUCAGGGCGCCCCGCCUGGGUAUGGCCUCGGAGCCUACCACAGCCACCAGCACUGGCCAGCACAAGGCGGCCAUUCCCGCCACUGCGUCUGUUCUGUACAUCUGCCAGCACUGUCUUGUCCAUCUGGGAGACUUAGCUCGCUACCGCAACGAGACCAACCAAUCCGAGAGCUACUACCUUCAGGCUGCCCACCUCGUCCCCUCCAAUGGCCAGCCCUACAACCAGCUGGCCAUCGUGGCAGCCUCCAAGGCCGACCAGCUAGCCAUGACCUUCUACUACAUCAGGAGCAUCGCUGUCAAGCAUCCCUUCCCAGCUGCGGCCACCAACCUGCAGACCACCUUCUCCAAGCUGGUGGACAGGGAUGAGGUGAAGCUAUUCAAGAUGAAAGAGAUUGAGUUAAUCCAUUUCUUCAUCAAGUUCCACGCCAUCGUCUACCUAGCUGCGGGGGACCAAGACCUACAAAUUGCCACGGCCAUCAAGGAGAAGCUGGAGGAGAACUUUCGCAGCCACCUGUCCCAGGAGACCCUGAGUGCCCAGCAGCUGGUCCAGAUUGCUGCCAUCAACCUCUUUGCCUUGCACUGCAUCUGCCUGCGCCAGCAGGAAGCCCCCGAGGGCACCGUCACCAUCCCCACUGCGCCCACUCAGCCCAUGCAGCCCACACCCCAGGCUGAGACGGCCAGGGGGGCUCAGGGGGAGAGCCAGGCGGCCGUCCAGGACGGGUGCUAUGCCGCCGACGAGAGCAGGACGUGGAGUCUAGUGUUUGGCCUGACGAUCACCCUCUUGCAACUGAUGCUACACUAUACGCCUGGUAAGAUGGAUGGCAAGCCGCUGCAGUGGUGCGGACUACCAGCAGUCAAGGUCCUUCUGGAUUGGUUGGUCCAUCAGCCUAGCCUUUUCCAAGACCCCUUUAUGUCGGCCAAAUCUGUGCUGUGGGGCAAGCUUGCCAGGGUCCUUAACAGCAUCCACGUCGAUUCCAGCAGCAGCAGCAGUUCCCCCAAGCACAGCAGGGUCCCCCUGCCGGAGGACAUCAGCCUGGAUGGAUUCCUGCCACUGCAAGAUGCCCAAGGAUCCAUAGAGUUUGCAGCCAACCAGCAGUCACUCCCCCAGGAGACCCAGUGGACGGAGAGGGCCAACAGGCUGCUGGCCCACGGCAGACUGGUAGCAGAGACGUACCCAGAUCACCUCAAGACAGAGCCAUCAAGCGAGGACGCCGCCAAGUUCACCUUCACCAGCCAGUGCGGCGAAGAGCAGGCGCGCCGGCCACACCACCCCAAACAGAAACAGUCCAAGACGUCACAGCAGCAACAGCAACAGCAGCAACAACAACAACAACAGCAGCGCCAGCAGAGCAAGCACCAGCAGGCCCCAUCCGGGCAAGGGUCCGGCCCCCACCGGGGUGGGGCCAAGAAGGCUAGGGAGGGGCCCAAGAAGAGAGACAGCAGCACGGAGCCGGCCAUUGGCGAGAGGGGGGCGAUCAAGGGUAGCGGUGGAGGCCGAAAGGGCAGUGACGGGAGUGUGGAGAACAAGACGCACAGUGUUGCCAUUCAGGCCAUUCUGCCAAGACCAAGUCAGUCCAAAGCCUUAGAAACAGCCAGCAAGUCAACGGAACCCAUCCCAAUUCCAGGCACUGCACACAACCGGCAAGGUGACGGCAGGGUCCUCCAAGAGCAAAACCCUAUCCACUCCCCAGGCCAAGGCAGACAACAGCACCCUUACCACUCCCCAACACACUCCCCGAGCAGCGGGUUUAGGCACCCAGUGGGGCAGCCCAUGAGGCAUCACCCUCCCCCACCUUGGCCCAACCAUCCCCACGGUCCCCCGCCGUAUCCGCCACAGCAUGUUCCCCCACACCCAGGUGGAUUGUCCCAUCCCCCACCUCCUACAGGUCACCAUGUCCCACCAUAUCCCCCUGUGCCCCCAGGGUCCCACCCACAGGGCCCCAGACCCCCACACCCUGGGGCGCAACCUCCUCACCGGCAGCACGGUCCACCACGCUCACAGGGACCUCCCUCUCACCCCCAUGGACCCCCACAUAACAUGCAAGGUCCUCUACCAAGCCACCCACCCGGACCCCCUCCUAGCAUGCAAAGUCCAUCUUCUUCUGGUCCACCGUCACACAGCCUGCCACCCCAUAUGCCACCCUCUCAAGGCCCCCGAUCCAAUUUCCCUGGAGCCCCCAUGCAUCAAAGGCAAACCUAUCCCCAAGGGGAAAAAGCAAAUCCAACCUGGCAACAGCAGCAGCCCCAAGAUCAGGAUGGAGUAACUGGUUACGAGUUUGGCCAAAAGCCACCCCCACCUCAGCCGCAGCAUGCAUCCCAGCCACACCCUCCUGCCAACCAUGGCCUGUGGCCGAAAAGCCCAGCUGUUAGCAGCGUCGGUGAUGGUUCCACAUCCCAAAGCUGGGGAGGAAGCACCAGCAAGAUUCCCAACCAAAGUAGAGGACCAGUUGGAAGACUGAACCCCAUGCAGCAACAUCAUCAACAGCAGCAUCAACAGCAACCUCAACAGCCGUUUAUGCAGCAUUCUGAUCCGGCUCUAUCACGGCAGAGACAGCAGGCCCAGCAGCAGCAGGACCUGCAAGUGUCCCAAGCCCAGCACUUCCUGCAGAAUUCCUUCCCCGCCCCCUCGACCCAGCCGCCCCAGCCCCACCAGGAUCUGUCCCUGGAGUCGCUUCAGAUGGCCCAGCAGCUCAUCAACCAGAACACGCUCAACCAGAACAUCCUAGAGCUCCUCUCCACGCUGCAGAAACAGAUGCAGCAGUCCUCUGAUCCCAGCGACGGCAACCUUGGCCUCAAGCCCUCCUCUCGUGAGCCGCAGAUGGGAUCCGGCCUGACGGGCAACUCCCUAGAUUCCCAGAGCAUGUCCUUACUCUCCCAGCUCAACCAGCAAAGCCCCAGCGCUGGUGACACCCCAAGCCAGAGGUUUCUUGGAUCCAGUCUAAACAAGGAUCAGUUUGCGGCCCUGAAACAACCCAGCCCUGUCCAGAAACCCUACCCGAGUGCUUUUUCCUCCCCAAGGAGCUACGACUCGGACCUCUCCAAGAGCUCGUCUGAUUUCCCCUUCUCAGGAGAGGACAGCACCUCUUACCGGAGCCCUCAGCAUCUCCCCUAUCCCCAGCACGCUGCGGAGCACAAGUCCUCGGGUUACCCAUCCAAAUUCGAAGAUCUUCAGUUCAAGGAUCAGUCUGGCUUGUUCCGGAGCAGUCCCAGCAACCACCUGCAGCCGCAGCAGCAGCGACUCCAGCCCGACUGGAGUAUCGAGGAUGGAUCAAACGGGCGCGGGACACCCUCCUCACCCCCUACUCUCUUCCCAACCAACGAGGAGGUCAGCAAGAUGCAGAAGAUGCCGGGGUUCUCAACCUGGCCAGACAAGUUCUCCAUGGAUGAAUACCAACCACACAGAACCAGAGAUGUGCCCACACUCCUGAGCACUGCAAGCUCCAGCGGCAGUCUUGGACUGUCCCCGACCCCGUCCUCCCAGCCAUCCCGUCAAACCACCUCUUCGUUUCUUGGACAGGACUCUUUUGGCUCCACCCAGUCCGCCAGUGGGCGAUUUGACACCGGAGGGAACAGUCUGUUCCCGGACUCUUCAGAGAGAAAGAGCAGCCUUGAAGACAGCACUCUGGGCACGUCAUCAGGCUAUUCUUUAUUCAGCUACUCCUCUCCGUGGUCCGGUGGCAAGCAAGAAGGUCACAACCUGAACCCUUCCCCCUUCUCCAGCUCGCCCAGCUCCCCCCGUUCCCAGUCCCCUGCUACCCAGACCAAGAGCCAGCUGGGCGGCGGUCUGGGCGGGGGCCUGGGAUGGGGCUCAGAGAGGGGGGUGGCAGGUGGGGCAGGGACCUGGAGCAGCCGACCAGCCCGGAGCCACCAGCUCUCAAGCUCCCCAACCAGCGGCCUGCUGCCGGACUCCAUACAGUCCAUCUGGUCCAGCCCCCUGGGAAGCUCCACCCACAAGCCUUCCCCUCUGGAGGAGUUGCUGAAACGCCAGCAAAUGACGGACCAGAGGUGAAGGAAGCUACCGAAGAAACCAAAUGGAGCAAACAACGUAAAAAAGAAACCAUGACAACAGAGAGUGAGAGGCGCAUGUCUCAUCUGUCGCACUGUCUGUCAAGGGGGUGUAUGUGUGUGUGUGUGUCACCCUGUCUGUCACCCUGCUCGUGACUGGAUAUCUCACUUGAAUCUUCAAACCAGGUUUGUAUCAUCGCCUGGUUUGGGGGAAGUGCCAAAAAAAACAAGAACAGUAAAAUCAAUGCAUAUGAUUUGUUGUGGUUGAAACAAAGAGCUUGAUUCAGAAUAAGUAGAUAGAAGGAAUUCUCUGUAUCACCGGAUAUGUCGCGGUAUGUGUAGUACGUUAUGCCACUGCACGGGCAGCAGCUGAUUGCAUGCACACUGUGUGUCAGCCUGUUCUGUCACCGGACUUGCCAACCAGUUUGUCACUAUGUGCGUCGUCUGGUGUGUCACUGGACAUGACUGGAUGAGUGGUACAUUCGGUUGGACCUCACUGUCCAGGCUUCGCUUACCAAAACGAGAUGCUGAAUUCAACAAGUUUGGAGUAAUGCAUCACCAUACUUUAUACCAGUUUCAACCGGUUCUAUGACAGUAAAAAUAAUUAUAAAUUACCUGAUAUUAACCACGUUUAGAGGUUUAUGAAUUGAUAUCACUUUUUUUGUGUUAUUUAUGAAGCCACAGGGCUGUUUGAUUGUUACUUGGAUUCUGUCCACAGUUGACAGUGGUUAUUGACCAAUUCUGAGCGAAUGAAUUCGUCAUUCAUCGGGGUCACAACCCGAUGAAUGUUCCAGUUCAGUUGCCUUUUUUUCGCUUGCGAUGUUGAGGGUUAACAGUUUGAGUAACGGUAUCGGUAAACCUUGCACAUAAGCCUAAAGUGGAAGAGGGUUUUAAUAAGAUGCUGAUAAUGGUUUAUACAGACUUGUUUUUGCUCUUAUUGGCUCCGAACGAAACCUACCUUGAUUAUCACUAGAUAUGUCAUAGGUGUAUGAAACCAGUGUAUAGUAGAAUUAACACACUCGCAAAUAAACAUAUUUGUGCCUCAUUUUCAAGAGCAAAAGCUCCUGAAAUUUCUCAUUUAUUUUUAAAGCGAUUAUUUAGGCUUAAUGAUAGGAUCAAUUAGGGGGUAGACUCAAGUUUGACACGACGUUUCCAACUGUCACUGCGUAAAUCUGAGAAACACUAAUAUCCUGUAUUUGUAUUAGACAAAAUAGACGACGGAAUCACAGUUGUCAGUAGCCACUUGCACUCAGCAAGGAUGGUGUCGUUUGAUGCGAGGGCAGAUCAGUGGCUCAGUCUGUGUUUGGUCAGACUGGACCAGAAUCUCAGAACUCUUGGCUGUAGGAAAGCAUCAUUAGAGACAUCAGCGGGGUACCAGUGAGAAUGCACCAGCACUGGUUGGAACUGGUUCAGCCCAGUUUCAUCUUGAUUGGAUUUCACUAAACAGAGUCAGACAUUUUUGGUUUCAAUAGUGUUAGCGAGUAUAGGACACUGUAGAUUUUUUUUUUUUAAAGUUUUUAAAGCAGGUCAGUCCCUUUUCUGUUAAUGUGAAUUCUCUCAUAACCUCAGUUUGCCCUCAUAGUCACACAAAAAUCCUUUUCAUCGACUUUUUUCCUUCAUUUGAUGAAGCAGUAGCAGAGUGGCUUUUUCUGCCAACUGCUUGUAUACAUUGGCAGUCGAUGUUAUUCUUAACCUCCCUAUGUUCUUGUGCAUUUUAUUGCUCAUGUUCAGUGAUGGGUCCCAGUCAAAAGUUCAAGGGGAUUUUUUAUAGGCUAUCAACCAACGGUUCAUGUCUGCUGGCUGGAUCGAGACAGAGGUAGCUGUUACCAAAUGUAUCUGGUCGUGCCCAGCUUUAUUGACGCUGUGUACUUCCCACAUUGAUUGGAGUCCACUCUCUGGUAGUACUUUCCACUUCCUGUGUUGCAUUGGCUGAAUGCCCAGGUUCAGGGGCUGUCAUUUGACCUAUGUGUCCACGUGGAGAUGGGAUGGGAAUGGGGAAGUGAGCUGCUCAAGCCCCCACGAGCUGACCCGGCCAGCCCCCUUCCACAAUCCCACCACACCCUUAAGUAGCCUGCACACCAGGAAGCUCGUUCUCAGUCCAACUUUGCUUUUGUGGCAAAUUUGCCAAGGCGUUGACAAGAAUUUUCAAUGAAAUGUACAGCAGGACCUCGAGUCCACCCUCGCAGUGUGGAAAGGUUCUCUCUGCCAGAUGUAGUUUAUUGGAGCAAUGUUACAAGUUCAGCAUGUUUAACUGAAUCAGCUGAAGGUGGUGCCGUUUUGUCCGGAAACGAAUUGUAGCAGUCCAUCCUUGCAACCUGCUCGCAUUAUUUAUCAGAGCACAGGGGACCAGUUGCAUGGAGCUGCUCCGCACGGGAACUACAUGUACUUUACUUUGUGAGAACAGGUUACCGGCUAAGUUACCAUGCAGUGUAUAUUGCUUGUGAUCGGCUCUUUACUGAUACUUGCUUUGUGCAUAAACCUGCUUAGCAGUAUUUCCUGUAUGGCAGCUACAUGGAAUUUGCCCCUUGUUGUUUUUUCACUUUUAAGCGGAGGGAAAUUAAUGGAUUUUUCGUACCCUGUCCAUCUAGGAUCAGAUUUUUGUCAAAAUGUUGUUAAGGUAAUACAGGUAUUUGGAACUGGUUAGAAAAAGUUAAUGUGCACAUAGCUUUAUGGGGACAAAGUAAGUGGCUGGGUGGUUCCCAACAAAAAAGCUGAAGGCAUGAUAUUUAGACAAGGGGCACAGUGAAUUUGGGUCGAUGUUAAGAAAGCUGCUUCAGUGGUAAGCGUUAGUCUUGCGUACAUGUACACAUGCUGUAUCCAUCAGAAGAGAAUAUUUGGGGGAAAAAAGCAAUCUGAAGCAAUUUGAAGAGUUUUGUUUUCAUGUCAGCAAUGGUUGUAUGAUGGACACUUCAUUGACUUUUUCUUUCUUAUCUGUGUACAAAUGUCGGAGAGUUUUUGUUCCAGUGAUAUUACUGUGUUUGGGGGAUUUCUUUCUCAGAGGUCUUUUGGGGAAGGGGGAGUGGGGCUGGUCUUGAGUAAAGAGAAAUAAAUUUGAAAGUAAAAUAUGGCAUCCGAUUGGGAGAGACUGAAGACUUGCGCCUGCUUCCUGGUGUCGUUUCUGUUGGUUUCUGAAUUUAAAGUGAGGUUGUUUGCAACUUGAAUCAGCACUUACUCAGAAGAAAUUUUUAUCUAUGAACAAAGUGGAUCAAGUUCUUCCAUGCCCUAAUUAUGUUUUUGGGGGGGUGUCUGUGGAUGGGGGUCAUCAUUCUCUAAUCACUCUCCCGUUAGAGGUCUGAUUGUACUUGAGCAGGUUUGCAGAUCCACCAUUCCAAACGAAUGAGAGUAAACAACCCGCAUGUUCUGGUCGGUUUUCUUUUAUGAAGAUGAGGGAAAGGUCUAGUAAACCCGACCUACUUCUGCCCUGAACUCAGCAUCCAACAAAAUAGCACAGUGGAUAGCAGCUACACUAAAACCACUUUUUUUUUUUUAUUAUCACUGACUGGUUGGAGGGCUGGUCUGCAUGAGGGAACAUGUCUAAGCACAGAUGCACAGGACCUACACUGUUUUAUAUUAGUUUAACCGCCCAAAAGAGUGAUCUGUUGUUCUGCAUAUAUCUGGUCUGCCAAAUUGUCCAAAGGUGUGUGCAGACCAGGGUGACAACAUUAGGCUUCCCAGUCUCUUUGCUGUGAUGAGCUGGAAAUCACGCCGGGGACUAGGCGAAACGGGAUCCUGUUGUGAAAUGGGUUUUGAACUGGAAUGAGGCCCAAUGGCACGCAGAAUUUGACGUAGAGAAUGGGAGACUUUGAGAGACUUGGUGGCGACAAACAUGCCAGUCCUUUUUAUCAGUUCUGAGCGUGAGCGUGUUGUUUUGAGCAUGCGUGCAUAGUUCUGAGCACGAGCAAUAUCUAGAAAAAGGACCAGCAUGUCUACUGCCACCAGCGUCUCAGUCUCCCAUUGGCUGGCAGCAGUGUUAUUGUGGUGAAUUUAUGAGCAGAAAUAGUGCCGAGCAGUCAGAAUACAAUAUGCCGUUUGAUCAUGACAUUUUUGGCAUUUAAUGUGCUUACCCAAAAAGAGGCCAAUAAGAAUUUGACGUAUACCAACAUGAAUGCAGAGUUGCAAAUGAAAUCUCUCCAGCCAAACCAGCACGUCGAUUUGAAUUGACUCUGCAUCAGUGGUGGUAAUUUUCUGCUAUGUUUUUUCCCAUUACACCGAUGUUUGUAUUCACAGUGUACUCUCAGUGUGGUCUGGGAGUUGCAAAAGAAGCGCAAGCUUAAUUGCGUGGGAUUUAAACCCACGUUUUCCUACUUACUAGUACAGAUAUCUUGUAGACGAGUUUGCCAAUCGUCGAGUGAAGACCACUGAGCAUAAAGUGUAAAUAUAUUUGUGAUGUAAAGGCAAAACCUAUUGGAAACUUACAAUCCCCAACAAAAAGCCAAUUCAAAUCAGUGUGUUGGCUUGUCUCUAUUUUAUUUUAUCUAAUUUCAACUCUGUUUUGUAAAUCUAGAAUUUAAAAAAAGGUUGCCUUGUGAGGGAAGGUAGCUUAAUAAAAUUCUUAAAAAUGUUACCCUGAAGUAUUCGUAACCAGAUGGUCAUGAAAGUCAUGGGGCUUUUAUUUCUCUGCCAAAAAAUCUUAGGAAACAGGAACUGCAGAUCUACCUGUGAAAGAUGCCCCUGUGGUGUCAUCGCGCAGUUCAGAGUUUGCCUGAAAUCUGCCAUUCGGGGUUUGAGAAAACAUUGAACUUUUCCAACUAGCCCAAGCAGAUGGCACUGAAAAAAUGAGCUGUUGAUUGUCCCAAUUUUCAUUUCUGCACAGACUCACCGGCACAGAGAAUCCGUUUUUAUGGCCAGUUGAUUAGUAUCAGAUCAUUUUUCUUACCAUGCUGUCGUCAGUCCACUUUGGCAGAAAUUGGGCCCUGUUUAACAGCUGUAUUGCAGCUCUGUUGUUUGGAUUUAAUGACACAGCUAACCCCGGAGACGUGAAAUCAUAGCAGGCCAUUAUCAUUCAGACUAAAAACCAAAACCGAUGGGGAAAUACACACUUGCAGAAGAAGUAUUUAUGCGGGCAUAUUUUGCGUGGGUUUCAAAAGUUGUUUUGUCACAAUAGUAAUGUGCAUUUUGUCAUUUUGUUAACUGAACUGUUCAAGUUGUACCUUGGGUUGCCUUGGAAAUUUUUAUGUUUCUUGUGAAAAGCCACAUUUUACCCCAGUUGUGUGGGUGUUGUGCAGGGGUAGACGGAAGAGCAUAAUGACUAAGCGUUUAUGAAGUCAACAGAUGGCAGGAUUAUCGUCUCCAUGGAUCAUGUGUUUGCAUUUUUAAUUAAAAAAUAAAAAUGCAGUCUGGGCCGUGAAAAUAUUAAAGACAUGAACAGUUUUUUUAAUGUCA